AUGGAUCUCUCAAGUCCUAUUUCUAAAGAGACAGCUUACGAUUUAACUGGUGUAAAAGAAAAACACUUAGUAGAGUUGUUUACCGCUGCAGCUAAACGUAGAACAGCUUACUGGGGAAAAACACUAACCUUUUCACCAAAAGUCUUUUUACCUGUAACAAAUUUAUGCCGUAACUUUUGUGACUAUUGUUCUUUUCGGCGCUCUCCAGGACAAGUUGGAGAGUGGACAAUGACACCCAGUGAAAUCACAGCAGCCCUGCAACAAGGACAAGAAAACAACUGUAUAGAAGCCCUACUUUGUCUAGGAGACACACCGGAAACAACAUUUAAAAGCUAUGCCAAGUUACUUCAUAACUGGGGGUUUGAAUCAACGGUUGACUAUCUCUACUGGUCAGCAAAAGAGGCAUUAGCACAUAACCUCCUGCCCCAUACAAAUGCAGGCAUCCUAAAAAAAGACGAUAUGGUGAAGCUACGCGAAGUCAAUGUUAGUUUAGGGUUAAUGCUAGAAAAUGUUAGCUUAAGACUUUGCAGCAAAGGCAUGCCCCAUUAUCGUGCUAAAGAUAAACACCCUGAUCGCCGGCUACACAUGACACAACAAGCAGGAGAACUACGUAUUCCGUUCACAUCGGGCUUACUUAUUGGUAUCGGUGAGACACGUCAGGAACGUAUUGACACACUCUUAGCUAUUCGUGACUUACACCGUGCUUACGGUCAUAUUCAAGAGGUCAUUGUCCAAAACUUUCGUGCCAAAGAAACAACACCGAUGUCUGAAUAUCCAGAACCUAAUGCUCAGGAUAUUGCCUGGACAGUAGCAGUUGCGCGCCUCAUCUUAGAGGACGAGAUUAGUGUACAGGCCCCACCCAAUUUAAAUCCCAGCACGAUACAAACAUUAAUUGCAGCUGGUAUUAAUGAUUUCGGCGGUAUUUCCCCAGUAACACCAGAUUAUAUUAAUCAUACGCAUCCCUGGCCAAUGAUUGACCAUCUACGUAACCUGUGUCAAGAAAUGGGGUUUUCUCUUAAACCACGUCUCCCGAUAUAUGAACGUUAUAUGACGUCAACAUGGUUAGAUGCUAGCCUACAUGAACACGUCCAAAAACAGUCCUAUCGAUUACAAACCUUAUUCGAUGUACCACCCCAAAAAAUGGGUAGGCCCGCAGCUUAA